GUGUAUCUCUUGUGGUGUGCGAAGGUGCAUGCGCGUCGCCGUCGCGGGAGAUUGUGUGUGAAAACUGUGAAAUCGUUUAAAAGAAUCGCGUUUAGUAACCUAUAUACAGAAAAAAAAUCGAAUACAGUGACCUAGUGACAAGUCGAGUGUUUACCGAAUAGAUUACACGUGGAAAUUACUUGGAUUUCUACCUUAUUUGCCGAGCUAAUAUCGCCGUCAUCCCUUAUUCAGAUGGCGCCGUCCUGAGCCGCCUUCCGCUGCCUUCGUCGCCUCUGCCACCUGUCAGCCAUGAGGCGCCGGAAGCCCUCCCUCCUCCGCCGUCACCACGCCCACCUGUAGCCCCGCCCACCUGUUGACACGCCCACUCGACCAUGAUGGCAGCGACCGCCACCAGCGCCGCGGCCGUGGGCGGCGGGGCGGCGGCGCAGGACCCCUACUCGGAGAUCGAAAUCUACAUGCGGAAGGCACAGGAGGAGAUCAGCGCCGUCUUCCUCGACAGCGGCCCCAGUCGCGGCCGCUCGGGUCCUCCCGCCAGAGAAGAGCUCUCACGCCCACGCACGCCCGCGCGCCCGCCGCCUCUCGACGGCCAGGCGUCGCCCUCGAAGAUCCGCAAGGUCUACUCCCGCCGGAAGACCGAGCCGUCGCCGCCGCGCCGCCAGGUGUCGACGCCGCCCUCGCACCCGCGCCGCCGCGUGCCCUUCAUCAAGAAGCCGCGGCGCGUGUCCGCCCCCGCCGUCCCGCAGGCGCACAAUGGCGCCGCCUCUCCGGCCGCGCCCUGGACGCCUCGGCAGGACCCGCACCUUCAGGAGUGGUCCAAGGGGCUGCUGAAGGACUUCCACUCGCUGGUGGAGGAGGAGAUCCGCGCCCUCCACAGCCUCACGCCCCCCCGCCGCCCCGCCGCCGCCCCCGCCCCCCCGCCUCGGUUCCUCAACGGCCUCGGAGGCAGCGCCGGCAGGCCCGCCCCGGAGAGCGCGCCGGAGCCCCGGGCGCCCGAGGGCGACGCCCCGUGGCGAGUCGAGGCCGAGCGAGGGGAUCCCCGGCCGAGCCGAGCCGAGGGCGAGCCCCGUCGGGGUGAUGGUCGGGCCGCCCCCACCCCUCUGAGGCGCCCGACCCGACUUCCCAGCGCCAGCAUGGGCGGUGCGCAGAGCUCCUCCCGCAACGAGCUGUGGGCGGGCGAGCGUCCGGGCGGCGCCUUCCGGACGUACACGCUGCCUCGCUCGGGCGGCCACCGGAGCGUCAGCCUGAGCGGCGCCGCGCCCUACAGGGCCUCGGCCGCCCACCCCGACGACUCCGACGUCAACUGCGAGCUGCUGCGCGUGAACCCGCGCUUUUCGCGCUCGCACUCGCUCGACGAGAGCGCCGGCCUCAGCCCGUGGGCGCUGCACCACCUCUCCGUCAUCGACGGCGUCCACGAGAAACCGGGCCACGGCCGCAAGGGCGUGAUUCCCGCCCCGGCGCCGCCCACACCUAGUCAGUCCGAGGGGCGGCGCACCCCGGCGGGCGCCGCAGGCUCCCCGCGGCCGGAGGGGCACUACGCCAAGAUUCGCCGGACGGGCUACUCGGAGAAGCAUAACGAGCAAUGGCGCGCCGCGCUGCCGGCCGCCCACCACGCCAACGGCGGCGCCCUGGCCAACGGGUGGGCGGAUUCCUGCAGCGCCACGCCCAGGCUCUCCCUCAAGUCCGCCAGCGACUCCGCCACCGCCUCCAGCCACACCGUCUCCCAGAGCUCGCUCGCGACUGUCUGCGCCAACAACGGCUCCGCCGCCUUUACGCCCGCUGAUAUGGAGGGCGUGAACGAGUCGUGGGCGUGGGCGGACCAGGAGGACGCUUGUAGCCUGACGGACCGCCCGUGCGACUCGGAGAUGUGCGCCCACUGCCAGACCAAGAGGGACGGCGACGGCGCGGCGGCUUCGAGCGACGGCGUGUCGGUGAGCGUCACGCCCGCCGACGCGCCGGGCGAGGAGCGCCUGGGCGUCAGCGGCGAGUCGAGGGACAAGGCGCGGGGCCUGCGGGCGGACGGGGUGGGCUCAGGGCGCAAGAGCGAGCCGUCCCUGUUCUGCCCGUCGUCCCCCGCCGGCGACCUGGUGGACGGCGGGCGGCGCCACACCCUGCCCGGCCCGCGCCUCUACGGGAGCCUGUCCCUCCUGUCGGCGCCCGCGCCCACCUUCACCACCUCCUCCUGGGAGACGCUCCCGCCGGCGGACGAGCUCGAGGUGGAGCUGGAGGAGAAGCCCAUCUCGAGCUCGCUGGACGAGCGCCCGCUCUCGCCCUCGUCCCUGAGCGGCGCCUCCUCGCGCUCCCUCAACUCGUCCCUGUCGUCCCUGUCGCACCUAAGCGUCCACCGCGACCACUCGGAGUGCGACUCGUGGCCGUCCUCGCCCGUCGCGCACAACCUCACGCCCGAAGUCUUCCUCGACCCGAGCAACAUCCUCGGCGCCCCGCGAGGCGAGCCCGCUAGCCAGGCCGCUUGCGAGCCCAAGGCGAAGGACGCCCACAAGCCCAAAGAAGCGCCGGCGGGCACCCAUGGCGCCGCCGCCAGCGUCUCCUGCACGCCCUCGCCCGAGCCCAUCACGGGCGUGCUGCAGCUGUCGCCGGCGGGCGCGCACAACGGCAACAUCAUCUUCUCCGUGUCGAUCCCCGAGACCCGCCGCGAGAAGGGCGUGGCGUGCAGCCCGGGGGACGCCGGCGCCAAGCCCGGCGCAGCGACCCGGCACCUGAAGGACAGCACCACGAAGGUGCUUCGAGGACCACCGACCUUCUCGCUGCCGAAGGAGAGGGCCGAGGACGACGCCAGGACGACCGCCGCCAAGGACUGCAGCAACAACAACUCCGCCACGACCCAGGACGCCAACCGCUGCAGUCGAAGCGCUAAGGACGACACCCACGACCCCCGUACGGCGAAAGACACGACGAAGGCCGCCAAGAGUAUCAUGGAGAGGUCCCGAAGCUUCUCCUUGGACGAGACGAGUCGUGCCCAAGGGUCGUCCGGCAGGAGGAUGGUCAGCUCGGCCUCGCAGUCGGCGGCGCCCGAGGCGCUGGACGACUUCCUGCGGGCGGUGGAGUCGCGCAUCCGGCGGGGCAGCGAGGGGCCGCCCUCCCUCCCCUCCACGCCCGCCUCCACUCCCGCGUCCACGCCGGCCUCCGCCCGCCCGCGCUCCUCCAUCUCGCCCACGGUGGUGCUCGACGCCUUCACGCAGACAACGCCGGCGCCCACGCCGCCCGCCACGCCCCCCGGCGCCUCCAGGUCGUCGUCCGUGACGUGGCUGAGCGAGUGCGGCUGCGACGACCUGGCCUCCCUCGAGCCAUGCCCGUCGUCGCUGGUGCUCAGCGCCACUGAGGACGACUACGACGAUGACGACGCCGGCGACGACGAGGACGACGAGGACGAGGAGGACUGGUCGCCGGGGCUGUCGCUGUCGUCGUCGUCGCCGCCGCCCACGCCCGCCUCCAUGACGCGCGACGACUCCUCGCUGUCGCUGUCGGAGUCGCUCGACGCCCUCGACAUCAACGGCGAGUCGGGCAUUGGCACGGUGUCCACGCGCCCGUCCGCCAGCCCGCCCUCGCACGCGCACGCCGCCCUCGACCUGUCGGGCUCCAACCUGUCCUCGGAGGACACGGGCCUCGAGAACAGCUUCGAGCGCCAGAUCCGCCGCUACAUCCCGCACGCGCGCGCGCGCGACGCCGACCACGGCGUACACUACCGCCGCCGCCGCCCGCGCCCGCGCCAGCCCGAGCAGUGGGUGCGGCGCGAGGACCAGACCACGCAGACCGACCCGCACCCGCCCACGGCGCCGCCCGCCAGCCACGACGCGGGCGGCCUGCGGCACGGGCGCGCCGCCCCGGCGGAGCGCGUCGUGCGCCACACCCACAGCGAGCCGCGGCUGGACGCGCCCCUCACGCCCCUCGGCGGCGUCCUCAGGGGCGUGUGCAGCGAGGCCGCCCUGCCGCCCACCUCGCACUCGGCGGCGCGCUCGGCUCUCACGCCCUCGGCGCCCAUCCUCCCGACCCUGACGGAGGACAAGCCGCCCAUCGCGCCCUCGAACCGUCCGCCGCGCCCGCGCCACCUCUCCCUCUCCAGCGGCCACCCGACGCCCACGACGGACAAGGCGUGCUCGGCGCCCACGCUCGAGAUGCGCUCGCCCGCCGCCCACGCGCCGCACACGCCCGCCACCACGCCCUCGGAGGACUCGUCGGGGGAGGCGCCGGUACUGACUACAAGGGCACAAUCUACCAAGGAAAUAGCAGAGCUCGAGGCGUUAGAAGCAUGCAAGUGGCUUCGCGCCGCGGGAUUCCCUCAGUAUGCGCAGAUGUACGAGGAGUUGCAAUUCCCGCUGGACUUGGUGUGCGUGGAGCGGGACCACACCUUCCUGGACGGCGACUCCCUCCAGGCUCUCUUCAGGAGGCUCAGGGCGCUCAACCGGUGCGCCAAGAUCCGUCUCGACUCGGCCAGGAAGAACAAGGCGGAGGAAUCCGACGACGAGGAGCAGGAGUGCGCUCUGUCGGGCAACUGGAAAUUUCAGCGCCACUCCCGCCGCUGGUCCCGCGUGGUGCAUGACCGAUCCCCGAGCGCCGGUCUAUAUGAGAAUAAUAAAAUACAAAACAGACACAUGUGGUACACUAAAACAACAGGUUAUUGUAUUAAGAGGGCCAACCGCGUGGUGCUCGAAGCUCUGCCUGAUGCGCGAGAGGUGCGAGGUUGUGACGUGGCCGUAGACCUUGUUGUACCACUCUGGGGUGCGCCCUCUGCAAGCAGAACGAGCCGUGAUAUGUGCGUGAUCCUGGAUUUGCCCGAGCCACACGGUUGGAUAAGGUAUCGGGAGGCCAGCACUAUGCCCCUCACGCUGCCCACGAGGAUGGGGGCAUCGGCAUGCUCCACAGAGGUCUCUACCACAAUGCAGCCUCAAUGGGUGACCAUCACCAACCUUGCGAUAAAGAAUCUCAACGUUGGGAUCCGUGCAGUUCAUGUGUACCCAACCUCUGGAUCUGUUGACCAAUCUCCGUCCACACUAGCCACUCCCGGAGACCCCACGACACCUAGGUCCUCAAGAUCCCGAGGCUCAGGAGUACCUGUCGCUCGCCGUCUCAAUGGACUGGAACCCGAAGUCCCAACAUUGAGGUGGAAGAGGGAGGGGGCCAGGCACACAGCCAAGUUGCUAGCAUGCAUCUGGAAAAAAGAGGUGGAAGACUUCACGGUUCUCAUCCGGCAACAUAAGAAUAGCACACUGAAGGGCCUCAAGACGAUGUUCAACUGGCAGGUCUGUAAACGAGAAGCAUGGAUUGAAAAUAGGGCAUAUAACUUACACUGGAAGAUUGCUAUGAACAUUUCGGAGAGCUUGUUGGUCAAUAACACUUCAGGCAGCUCCCUGAAGUACGUUUUGACCAUAUCAGCUAUGUCACAGCUUCUGAAUGCGGGAUCUCACACCAGGUUUCCUAAAGAUGCCAACCUGAAAGGGAAAGAAUUCACCUUAAGGCAGCGGUUGUCCUGUUCUUUGAGCAAUCACCAGGAGAGGCACACCAAAGACCUGCCUGUCGCGGUAGUCAGGGGUCUUCAUUUUGCGCAUGAACUUUGGCAGUUCCCAGUUCCACCCACUGCGGUUGCUUGGGCAGUACCUUUCCAUGAGUGCAUGCAGCAUCUGUCCACUGCUGAACCCAUUAAUCUGUGUUCCGUGCUGGCGUACAGACUGCUGGGGUCUUCGUUCUCAUCAUCAUCGUUGGUAGUCAUGGUAACUCUUGUUGCAUAUGAUGAGGGGGACGUUGUCAUACACCGAGUGCCUCUCCUCGUCAGGGCUGGGGAUGGGCGACACGUUCUCGUCAUUCUUCUCAACUCCUGGGGAAAAAAAGGUUAUAUUAGCACCUUUGGAAUGGUGGGCGGCGAGCACUCGGAGUCGCUGUACGCCCCUCCUCCGCCGCCCGUCUCGCCCACCCCGUGCCCACUGCCGCCCCGACGCCCGAAUCUCUUGCGCCGACGCCACCGGAACAGCGGCGUCGACGUCUGCGAAUAUAACGAACUGACGUGGCAACAGGUCCUGCCCAAAGCCGCCCAACUCACCUCGCCCGGGGUCGACUGCCUGGCUUCCCUGGGGUGCGUGGAGCCCACCGUCAUCGUGGAGGUGGUGGUGGAAGCGCGGCUGGCCAGCUCCGGCGACGCGUCCAGCGAGAUGUCGACGCAGCCCAUCUCCGCCACCUUGGCCUGCAUCGCCUCCACGUCCAAUCCAUCACCGCCACAACCUCACCUUGGGGCCGCUGAUGACGACGCCGUCCCUGUUCUGCCUCUUCUUCUUCUUGUUCUUGAGCGACUCCAUCCUGCGCAGGAAGGCCUUGGCGCCGUCCCGCAGCCGCUCCGAGCCCGACCGCUUGAACUGGCCGAGGAGGACGUCAUCCUGGAUGUCGAGGCCCCGAGGCUCGCCGCACACCUUGCUGUCGCCGCCUGCAAGAGGGACGCGCGACUCUUUAGAAUGAAUCCACAGAUCGCAACCAUAACAUCUACUGGUGGCAGAUCUCCGCCACACCUGUCGAGCGAGGCCGGGAGCUGUUGCCUCUGCGAUCACCGGGAAUGCACUGACCCCUACGUUGGCAUCUUUAGGAAACCUGGUGUAAGAUCCCGCAUUCAGAAGCUGCAAGAGUUACAUGAAAUGGGAGAGAACAUUCAGUACUCGGACUUCGGUACCUGUGACAUAGCUGAUAUGGUCAAAACGUACUUCAGGGAGCUGCCUGAAGUGUUAUUGACCAACAAGCUCUCUGAAAUGUUCAUAGCAAUCUUCCAGUACCUGCCAGUUGAACAUCGUCUUGAGGCCCUUCAGUGUGCUAUUCUUAUGUUGCCGGAUGAGAACCGUGAAGUCUUAAUGGUGCUUCUCACAUUCCUUGCUGAUGUGGCAGCAAAUUCCCAUCUGAAUCAGAUGCAUGCUAGCAACUUGGCUGUGUGCCUGGCCCCCUCCCUCUUCCACCUCAAUGUUGGGACUUCGGGUUCCAGUCCAUUGAGACGGCGAGCAACAGGUACUCCUGAGCCUCGGGAUCUGCAUGAAAACAAGGCAGCUCACCACUGUCUUACUCUAAUGAUACAGCAGGUCAGCCAACUCCAGUGUGUGCCGAUGGAAAUGCUGUCCAACUGCCGGUUCACGUACCUGGAGCAGAGUCAGCCCGUUUACCUUGAGGACCUAGGUGUCGUGGGGUCUCCGGGAGUGGCUAGUGUGGACGGAGAUUGGUCAACCUACAUGAAUGCCUGUAUCACAUCGUUACUGAAAGAAGCAAGAGACAAAUCCAGAGGUUGGGUACACAUGAACUGCACGGAUCCCAACGUUGAGAUUCUUUAUCGCAAGGUUGGUGAUGGUCACCCAUUGAGGCUGUGGCGAGCAACAACAGAAGUAGAGGCUCCUCCAUCAGAACUGCUGAACCGUGUCAUUAGAGAAAGGCACUUGUGGGAUGAUUCCUUGUUGAAGUGGAGAGUCAUUAGUCGGUUAGAUCGUCAGGCUGAAGUCUUCCAGUAUAUGUGCAACUCCAUGCCCCCUCGGCCUCCUGUUGAUUAUUGUGUGUUAAGGUGUUGGAGAAGCGAUUUGGCCCGAGGAACCUGCAUUGUGGUAGAGACCUCUGUGGAGCAUGCCGAUGCCCCCAUCCUCGUGGGCAGCGUGAGGGGCAUAGUGCUGGCCUCCCGAUACCUUAUCCAACCGUGUGGCUCGGGCAAAUCCAGGAUCACGCACAUAUCACGGCUUGACAUGAGAGGGCGCACCCCAGAGUGGUACAACAAGGUCUACGGCCACGUCACAACCUCGCACCUCUCGCGCAUCAGGCAGAGCUUCGAGCACCACGCGGUUGGCCCUGAGAGCAAAGUGUAAAUAACCCGCAACUGUACAGAAAUUAUAUACGAUAUUUGUUAAGGCUGAUUAAAAGAAGAGAAUAUUUGCAAAUAUUUUUUUUGCAAUUGUAUUUGCAAAAAAGAUGAUCUGAGGGAUUUUUUUUUUUUUAUAGUGUUGGAAAUACCCAAGUGAAACCUUAUUAAUCGUACCCCAGAAGUGAACUAUGUGAUCGACAAACAAUGGAUGUGAUAAUCCCAGAGCUUCCAGAAGUCACACACACACACAAAAAAAAGAUAAACUUUAUUUCUAUUCCCAUUGAUAUAUAUAUUUAGUGUUGUGAUGAUCAACACGUAAAAGAAAAGAGAGAUUGUUUGUUUGGUGUCUAUAUAAUGGCACGGGAGAAAAAAACCCAAAAAUUUACUUCGUGGACCACAGUGUACAUUCCUGCACAUUUAAGGGACUUUUUUGUAUGUUUGUCUCCCACCAAAUAUGAAGUGUAUAUUUUGUGCAUCAUGUAUUCUUACCUGCUUCGUGCACCGACCAAAGUGCUUCUGCGGCUGACCAUUGUGAAGUGAUUCAUCUAAGGUGGAAUAUAUAUAUAUUUUUAGAGAAUUUUCUACUUCAGGGAAAAAAAAAUGUAAAGGUAUUCAUCUGAGCAUGAGAAGAAGAGGGUGAAUGAAGUGACGUCAUUUUUAAUUAUUUUUUUGUACUUUUUUCUGUAAUUGUACAUUUCACUUUUGUUUUUUAUUAUUUUUUUCAUACAUUGAUUGACAUUGUUGUAGAUUUUAGAGGUGGUUUCUGAAGUGUUAAAUUCUCUUUGAGGUGACUGACAUAGUAUUCUUCUGUCUUAUGUAUUUGCCAUCCUUGUGAGCCUUCCAUGGUGAAAGCUGGAACGGAAGAACAGUUGUCUAUAUGUGCGUGUGUGGCUGUCCGCAUUGUAAGUACGUGUGAAUGUCUGUUUAUAUCCAGUAUGCUAUGGUAUGUGAAGCAUACUUUUCCCAAACAUAUUCUUAUCUCCUUUAUUUUAUUUUUUUUCUCUCUUUUUUCUAAAGUUCAUUUUUAUAUUAAAGGUAAAUGAAAUGAAUAUACAGAUCAGUUGUAAAAAAAAACAAAAGGAAAAUGGAGAUAGGAGGCAACUUUCCAGUGAGGCGACGGUGCUGUUAUGUCCUUAUAUGUAGCAUUCUCUAUAAGAAAAACGAAGAAAAUUACAGAGUUAUUCACUCCUAGUCCAAUUACUCACAAAGGCCUUGAUUAGCGGCAAUUACCAGAUUGGACAAUCACUGCCGCUCGGAGCCUUAUGAUAUUUCAUCUUGAGUUUGGAGGCAAAGAAAUUCUGUAUACCUUAUGAUUGGUUUUUGUAAUAAUUGCCAGUCACUUGUAAUUAAUUGCGUAAACUAGAAUUGAGUUCUUGAUAUCAAAAAUUACAAUUUAAAGAAUAUAGACUGUAUAUUGUAUAUGUUAAAAUAUAUAAUCGAAAGAGUGAAGGCAAAUUAUACUCUGUAUUGAUGCUUUUGGCUCGAGUGUCAAAAGUUAAACAUUCCUAGUCUUUACAAGAUUUGUUAUCUUUUUUUGUACAUUGUAAGUAAUUUUUCAGAUAAUGUAAAACAUACAUUUUGUAUCUGCAGUUACCUCUUAAUACAAUAACCUGUUGUUUUAGUGUACCACAUGUGUCUGUUUUGUAUUUUAUUAUUCUCAUAUAGACCUGUGAGUCACAUGUGUAAGUUGCAGUCACCCAUGUACAUUUAUAAACCUACACACUUUUAACUUUAGGAUAAAAUUCUUCCUAUCAUGUUGUACCUCUUGGUGCUGAAUAUAUAUUAUCAGUUAUA